AUGGCGUCUGGUUGCUUAGCGCUGUGCGUGUAAAUCCGGUUUUCCGAUUGGAAACAGAAGCUCGGUAGUUUGUUUUCAUAAGCUGAAAGUUGAAACAUCCACAAUGUCAGAUUCCGAAGAGGAGAACCUUGAGCGACAGAUGAAAUUUGUAAUUUUAGGGGACGGUGCGUCUGGGAAGACAUCAUUGGCUAUGCGUUUUGCACAAGAUGCUUUUGGAAAACAGUAUAAACAAACAAUAGGACUAGAUUUCUUCUUGAAAAGAAUAACAUUACCAGGGAAUAUAAGUGUUACACUUCAAGUCUGGGACAUUGGAGGACAAACGAUAGGUGGCAGAAUGUUGGAUAAAUAUAUAUAUGGAGCACAGGGUGUCUUACUGGUAUAUGACAUCUCAAACUAUCAAAGCUUUGAAAAUCUAGAAGACUGGUAUGCCAUGGUAAAGAAAGUGAAUGAAGAAGCAGAAAACCAGCCUGUUGUGGCUUUGGUAGGCAAUAAGAUUGAUUUGGAACAUAUGAGAACUGUGAAAGCUGACAAACACCAACGGUUUUGUCAAGAAAAUGGCUUUAGCAGUCAUUUUGUAUCAGCUAAAACUGGGGAUUCUGUUUCCCUGUGUUUUCAGCGAGUUGCAGCUGACAUCCUUGGCAUAAAAUUAAACAAAGCAGAGAUGGAACAGUCACAGAGAGUAGUAAAGGCUGACAUUGUAAAUUACAGCCAGGAACCUGUGGCAAGAACUGGUAACCCACCAAGGAGUUCAAUGUGUGCAGUGCAAUGAAUCGUAUUCAAUUUCUUUAUCAUUUUGGUGGUGAACCUACUGUUGCAUGGGCCUCUUCUUUGCCAGGAACCUUUUUUUAAAAAAAAAAAAAAAAACAUUCAUCUCUACAUCACAGCAAGAGGCUCUGCAACUUCAGUACACCAGCAUGUGCUAUGAAGCAGCAGGCAGUGUUUAUCAAUGGUGAAGAUCCAAUCUCUGGGCCACACACAUUGCAGUCCGCAUUGAAGGAUAUAGUUUAAGUUGUUGUUUAUUACCAGUCUUAACCACAUGUGUAUCAUUAGUACUUUGUUGAAUGAUCUUGCAGGAGACACUUUUCUGUUAUUCCUCAUGCCAAAAUGAAUUUCUAAGUACUCAUCCAGGAUCUGGUUGCUGCAUUUGCUGUCCUGUCUGUCUUAAAGUUUGAAAUAUAAUUUAAAUGCAUACUGUGAAUUAUCCAUCCAUUCAUUUAACAUAAUGCUAUUUUUAUGUGAAAAGUAUGCCUAAGUUAGGCAAGGCAAGGCAAUAAAGUAAUGAGCCUUUUAAGUGGUUGUAAUGACAUAUCCCUAACAGAUAUAUUUAAUUUAUUUUGUUUUGUAUAAUGUAUGUUUGUCCUGCACCAAAGUUUGCAGUAAAAAAAAAAAAAAAAAAAAA